AUGGGCCAAGCCUACAAUCCCAUACAUUUGCUAAUCAGCACAUUGGCUUUCAUCCUGUCCACUGGUGUCUUUAUUACCGCAAUAUUGCUAAGUCGGCAAGCCACCACACAAUGCGAUUAUUUCCUCGACCGACGGUUAAUAAUCAUGUCAUCUUUCCUCUUGGCAUUCUCUAUUCUCGGUAUAUUCGGAGCCUUCCACGGUAUGCAAUGGAUCCACUGGUUGUGCGGAUGUGUCGUCGUGUCUAUUGUCACCAUCCUCAUGUUUGCUUUAUCCCUUUACGCGUAUGUGGUCGCUAUCAAGAACCCCAUCAAGGUCAAGGGUCAUAAGCAUGGAAAUUACGAGAGUUGGCUUAACAACAGGGCGUCGCAGGCAAAUAUGCAUCUGUCACAGAUGCAAUUGUCACUUGCGACAGAUGCAAUUUUCGCCUGCGACAGAUGCAUAUUCACCUACGACAAAUGCAUAUUCUCCUAG